CAGCACGAGUGUUGGAACUGUGGGAGUUGAGAGGAAGUCAGUCAGUCGGGUGACUUCGACCGAUUGUAUUUCUCAAAAAAUGUGUGUGUGAAAAAGUGGCAAGAAUAUAAUAUCAAUUUGAUUCUUUAUAAAUAGACCACCUAUGUCGUCGAGCUAUCGAACAAAUAGUGUGCAAAAUGAAUCGCAUUUCGAAGAUUUUCCAGCCGAUGGUGAUCAUCCCGAAGGGCGCCGUGAUCAAGAAGCAGGAAGUUUCCUCGCGCAGUCACCGGCUCAUGACGGAAUUGGGGCUGAUCAAGGCAGCCGCUAAUGGGACGUUCUACCUGAUGCCGCUGGUGCAGCGAUCUGUGGACAAGCUGGUGGCAAUUGUGGAGGCGCACAUGAGACAGAUCGACGCCCAGAAGGUCACCCUGCCAAUCCUAACACCUGGCGAGCUGUGGAAGAAGUCUGGGCGAUUGGGGGGCGCCAUAAACCGCGAAAUCAUGACGACAGUGGACAGACACGACAAUCUGCAAGUUCUCAGUCCGACCAAUGAAGAGUCGAUAACAUCGCUGAUGGCCUCCUUAUCGCCGAUUUCCUACAAGCAAUUGCCACUUCGCUUUUAUCAGAUCGGCACGAAGUUCAGGGAUGAGAUGAAGCCGCGCUUCGGGCUGAUUCGCACCAAGGAGUUCCUCAUGAAGGACCUCUACACCUUCGACGGCAACGAGACGAACGCCCUGGACACGUACCACGAAGUCUGUGCGACGUACGAGCGGAUGCUGAAGCACCUCGGCUUGGGCGCAUUCGCGAAGGUCGAGGGCGAUGCGGGGCUGAUGGGAGGCAAUCUGUCGCACGAGUAUCAUCUCCCGGCCACCGUGGGCGACGACAGGCUCAUCGCGUGCGAGAAGUGUGGUCACGCGGCUAAUCUGGAGGCUAUUCCUGAGGAGAAGCGCAAGGAGUGCAUCAAGUGCGGCGCCCCGGCGCUCGUGAUAACGGAGGGCAUUGAGGUGGCGCACGCCUUCCUGCUGGGCGAUAAGUACUCCACGCCACUGAAGGCCAACUACCUGCAAGAGCACGGCUUGACAGAGUCCCUGGCGAUGGGAUGCUUCGGCGUGGGUGUCACGCGACUCGUGGCCGCUGCGGUGGAGGUUCUCUCCACGGAGACGGACAUCCGGUGGCCGCGCAGGCUGGCGCCCUUCCUGGUGUGCCUCAUCCCACCGAAGUCCGGCAGCAAGGAGGAGAAGAGUGGCGGCAAUGCUGUGACAGAGGAGCUGUGCAAUCAGCUCGUCACUCUGCCGGGCCUGGCGGAUGAUGUGGUGCUGGACGAUCGCAAUCAUCUGACGAUAGGGAAGCGCCUCUUGCUGGCCAGGCGCAUGGGCUAUCCGUUUGUGAUUGUGGCGGGCGCCAAGGUGGCCGAGAAUCCGCCACUGCUUGAGCUGCACCUCGUGGAGUCCGGCAAGAGUGUCGAGCUGUGCCCCAGUGACCUUCUCAGCGAAGUCCGAAAGCACCUGGACGCGUGAUGAGAGUAGUUUCUUAUCUUUCGGAGUAGUGUUAAGGGAAUUUUACUACGUCACCCAAGUGAUUGACAAUGAGUGACUUGAUGAGGAGCGACGGCAGAACGAUGCACGUCGUCUCGAGGCGCGAGUAGCGGAGAACCACUGUGAAUUGUUAGAGGAAAUAUUCAUUGUUGUUUUGCCACCCAAAACAUUGUGCCGUGUUUACCUGAGCAUGAACAGAUGAGUGACAAUAAAAAGUAGCCCAUCACCAGCA